AGUUUGGAAUUUAAGUCUUCUCUCUGAGUUCAGGUUUUAAACCAGCAAGCUGAGCCCUAAAAUCUCUCACAUAUUUGGUGUUGCAUGAAAGGAAAGUAUGAGCAGUAGCAAGAACGUUUCUCUCUAUGCGGCCUCGGCGGAGCUGGAAUCCCUCACAGAAGCUGAGCGUCGAGCCCUUCGUAGCAGCCGAUUCUCGGCCCCUCCUCUUCCUCCUCCCCCCCAACAAUGCCAACCCAGGUUGGCGCAUCCAGGGGGUCCUGUAGCCACAAACAAGGCUGCUGCUUUGGCCAAGUUUCUGGAAAGGAAACUCCAAGAUCCAGGUGGAUUGGAUUCCAUAAAUCCCCAUAUUCUUGAGGUGGCUGUGAAAAAUGCAAAGGAUACUCUAAGAGCGAGUGGAUCUUCUAUCCGACAUGUUUCUUCCUUCAGUGACUCAACUGAGGAGUCUGGAAAGUCCAAAGGGAUGAACCCAAUUGCAGAAGAAGGUGAGGAGCGAAAAGGAAAGAAAAAGAAAAAACGAAAGAAGAAACAUAAGGGCAUGAAAGUCGUGAAAGCUUCAAAAUCAAAGAAAAAGAAGAAGAAAUUCUGAAGUCUGAUAAAGGAGACCGGGCAGGAAAUCCACUGCUCUACACGUCUUUGUGGCUAAGUUCCGAUAUGCUUUUGAAUAGAUUGGCAUCAAUCCACUUUUGUACCCGUGCUGAGAGGAGUUUCCACAUUCAAAAGCAGCACGAUCCUGGGAUUAGACCAUGCAUGAACACAGUUCCUGGAUGCCCAUGUGCUUAUUAUAUUAAUGUUUUGUCAUCUCUUUUUGAGGUAACAAUUCUCAUGCUCAGAGACAGAAGCAUCCAGCUCUCUCUUUCCCCUUUGCAUUCUGUUGUGUCAUCAACUUUGUAAAGCGAUUGAAUUGAAUUGGAAUAUAUCAUCGUUUUCUUGGGCAAUUUGCACGAAACGAUUUGAUCUGAACUGCAGAUCAUGUGCUCUCGUUA